CCAUUGGCAGCGCAGGAGAGGGCGCAGUGCGAGUGACAGUGGAGCACGGAGCGAGAGGAGGAGCGGCAUGGCGGGGUCGGUGCGGCUGCAGCGUCUCUGUGUCACCACACACCGCCAGCUGCUCGCACAGAGGUGCGUCGCUCCCUGUGCUUCCCUCAAGGUGCGUCGCUCCCUGUGCUUCCCUCAAGGUGCGUCGCUCCCUGUGCUUCCCUCAAGGUGCGUCGCUCCCUGGGCUUCCCUCAAGGUGCGUCGCUCCCUGGGCUUCCCUCAAGGUGCGUCGCUCCCUGGGCUUCCCUCAAGGUGCGUCGCUCCCUGUGCUUCCCUCAAGGUGCGUCGCUCCCUGUGCUUCCCUCAAGGUGCGUCGCUCCCUGUGCUUCCCUCAAGGUGCGUCGCUCCCUGUGCUUCCCUCAAGGUGCGUCGCUCCCUGUGCUUCCCUCAAGGUGCGUCGCUCCCUGUGCUUCCCUCAAGGUGCGUCGCUCCCUGUGCUUCCCUCAAGGUGCGUCGCUCCCUGGGCUUCCCUCAAGGUGCGUCGCUCCCUGUGCUUCCCUCAAGGUGCGUCGCUCCCUGUGCUUCCCUCAAGGUGCGUCGCUCCCUGUGCUUCCCUCAAGGUGCGUCGCUCCCUGUGCUUCCCUCAAGGUGCGUCGCUCCCUGUGCUUCCCUCAAGGUGCGUCGCUCCCUGUGCUUCCCUCAAGGUGCGUCGCUCCCUGUGCUUCCCUCAAGGUGCGUCGCUCCCUGUGCUUCCCUCAAGGUGCGUCGCUCCCUGUGCUUCCCUCAAGGUGCGUCGCUCCCUGUGCUUCCCUCAAGGUGCGUCGCUCCCUGUGCUUCCCUCAAGGUGCGUCGCUCCCUGGGCUUCCCUCAAGGUGCGUCGCUCCCUGGGCUUCCCUCAAGGUGCGUCGCUCCCUGGGCUUCCCUCAAGGUGCGUCGCUCCCUGUGCUUCCCUCAAGGUGCGUCGCUCCCUGUGCUUCCCUCAAGGUGCGUCGCUCCCUGUGCUUCCCUCAAGGUGCGUCGCUCCCUGUGCUUCCCUCAAGGUGCGUCGCUCCCUGUGCUUCCCUCAAGGUGCGUCGCUCCCUGUGCUUCCCUCAAGGUGCGUCGCUCCCUGUGCUUCCCUCAAGGUGCGUCGCUCCCUGGGCUUCCCUCAAGGUGCGUCGCUCCCUGUGCUUCCCUCAAGGUGCGUCGCUCCCUGUGCUUCCCUCAAGGUGCGUCGCUCCCUGUGCUUCCCUCAAGGUGCGUCGCUCCCUGUGCUUCCCUCAAGGUGCGUCGCUCCCUGUGCUUCCCUCAAGGUGCGUCGCUCCCUGUGCUUCCCUCAAGGUGCGUCGCUCCCUGUGCUUCCCUCAAGGUGCGUCGCUCCCUGUGCUUCCCUCAAGGUGCGUCGCUCCCUGUGCUUCCCUCAAGGUGCGUCGCUCCCUGUGCUUCCCUCAAGGUGCGUCGCUCCCUGGGCUUCCCUCAAGGUGCGUCGCUCCCUGUGCUUCCCUCAAGGUGCGUCGCUCCCUGUGCUUCCCUCAAGGUGCGUCGCUCCCUGUGCUUCCCUCAAGGUGCGUCGCUCCCUGUGCUUCCCUCAAGGUGCGUCGCUCCCUGUGCUUCCCUCAAGGUGCGUCGCUCCCUGUGCUUCCCUCAAGGUGCGUCGCUCCCUGUGCUUCCCUCAAGGUGCGUCGCUCCCUGGGCUUCCCUCAAGGUGCGUCGCUCCCUGUGCUUCCCUCAAGGUGCGUCGCUCCCUGUGCUUCCCUCAAGGUGCGUCGCUCCCUGUGCUUCCCUCAAGGUGCGUCGCUCCCUGUGCUUCCCUCAAGGUGCGUCGCUCCCUGUGCUUCCCUCAAGGUGCGUCGCUCCCUGUGCUUCCCUCAAGGUGCGUCGCUCCCUGUGCUUCCCUCAAGGUGCGUCGCUCCCUGUGCUUCCCUCAAGGUGCGUCGCUCCCUGUGCUUCCCUCAAGGUGCGUCGCUCCCUGUGCUUCCCUCAAGGUGCGUCGCUCCCUGUGCUUCCCUCAAGGUGCGUCGCUCCCUGUGCUUCCCUCAAGGUGCGUCGCUCCCUGUGCUUCCCUCAAGGUGCGUCGCUCCCUGUGCUUCCCUCAAGGUGCGUCGCUCCCUGUGCUUCCCUCAAGGUGCGUCGCUCCCUGUGCUUCCCUCAAGGUGCGUCGCUCCCUGUGCUUCCCUCAAGGUGCGUCGCUCCCUGUGCUUCCCUCAAGGUGCGUCGCUCCCUGUGCUUCCCUCAAGGUGCGUCGCUCCCUGUGCUUCCCUCAAGGUGCGUCGCUCCCUGUGCUUCCCUCAAGGUGCGUCGCUCCCUGUGCUUCCCUCAAGGUGCGUCGCUCCCUGUGCUUCCCUCAAGGUGCGUCGCUCCCUGUGCUUCCCUCAAGGUGCGUCGCUCCCUGUGCUUCCCUCAAGGUGCGUCGCUCCCUGUGCUUCCCUCAAGGUGCGUCGCUCCCUGUGCUUCCCUCAAGGUGCGUCGCUCCCUGUGCUUCCCUCAAGGUGCGUCGCUCCCUGUGCUUCCCUCAAGGUGCGUCGCUCCCUGUGCUUCCCUCAAGGUGCGUCGCUCCCUGUGCUUCCCUCAAGGUGCGUCGCUCCCUGUGCUUCCCUCAAGGUGCGUCGCUCCCUGUGCUUCCCUCAAGGUGCGUCGCUCCCUGUGCUUCCCUCAAGGUGCGUCGCUCCCUGUGCUUCCCUCAAGGUGCGUCGCUCCCUGUGCUUCCCUCAAGGUGCGUCGCUCCCUGUGCUUCCCUCAAGGUGCGUCGCUCCCUGUGCUUCCCUCAAGGUGCGUCGCUCCCUGUGCUUCCCUCAAGGUGCGUCGCUCCCUGUGCUUCCCUCAAGGUGCGUCGCUCCCUGUGCUUCCCUCAAGGUGCGUCGCUCCCUGUGCUUCCCUCAAGGUGCGUCGCUCCCUGUGCUUCCCUCAAGGUGCGUCGCUCCCUGUGCUUCCCUCAAGGUGCGUCGCUCCCUGUGCUUCCCUCAAGGUGCGUCGCUCCCUGUGCUUCCCUCAAGGUGCGUCGCUCCCUGUGCUUCCCUCAAGGUGCGUCGCUCCCUGUGCUUCCCUCAAGGUGCGUCGCUCCCUGUGCUUCCCUCAAGGUGCGUCGCUCCCUGUGCUUCCCUCAAGGUGCGUCGCUCCCUGUGCUUCCCUCAAGGUGCGUCGCUCCCUGUGCUUCCCUCAAGGUGCGUCGCUCCCUGUGCUUCCCUCAAGGUGCGUCGCUCCCUGUGCUUCCCUCAAGGUGCGUCGCUCCCUGUGCUUCCCUCAAGGUGCGUCGCUCCCUGUGCUUCCCUCAAGGUGCGUCGCUCCCUGUGCUUCCCUCAAGGUGCGUCGCUCCCUGUGCUUCCCUCAAGGUGCGUCGCUCCCUGUGCUUCCCUCAAGGUGCGUCGCUCCCUGUGCUUCCCUCAAGGUGCGUCGCUCCCUGUGCUUCCCUCAAGGUGCGUCGCUCCCUGUGCUUCCCUCAAGGUGCGUCGCUCCCUGUGCUUCCCUCAAGGUGCGUCGCUCCCUGUGCUUCCCUCAAGGUGCGUCGCUCCCUGUGCUUCCCUCAAGGUGCGUCGCUCCCUGUGCUUCCCUCAAGGUGCGUCGCUCCCUGGGCUUCCCUCAAGGUGCGUCGCUCCCUGUGCUUCCCUCAAGGUGCGUCGCUCCCUGGGCUUCCCUCAAGGUGCGUCGCUCCCUGGGCUUCCCUCAAGGUGCGUCGCUCCCUGGGCUUCCCUCAAGGUGCGUCGCUCCCUGUGCUUCCCUCAAGGUGCGUCGCUCCCUGGGCUUCCCUCAAGGUGCGUCGCUCCCUGUGCUUCCCUCAAGGUGCGUCGCUCCCUGGGCUUCCCUCAAGGUGCGUCGCUCCCUGGGCUUCCCUCAAGGUGCGUCGCUCCCUGGGCUUCCCUCAAGGUGCGUCGCUCCCUGGGCUUCCCUCAAGGUGCGUCGCUCCCUGGGCUUCCCUCAAGGUGCGUCGCUCCCUGGGCUUCCCUCAAGGUGCGUCGCUCCCUGGGCUUCCCUCAAGGUGCGUCGCUCCCUGUGCUUCCCUCAAGGUGCGUCGCUCCCUGUGCUUCCCUCAAGGUGCGUCGCUCCCUGUGCUUCCCUCAAGGUGCGUCGCUCCCUGUGCUUCCCUCAAGGUGCGUCGCUCCCUGUGCUUCCCUCAAGGUGCGUCGCUCCCUGUGCUUCCCUCAAGGUGCGUCGCUCCCUGGGCUUCCCUCAAGGUGCGUCGCUCCCUGGGCUUCCCUCAAGGUGCGUCGCUCCCUGGGCUUCCCUCAAGGUGCGUCGCUCCCUGGGCUUCCCUCAAGGUGCGUCGCUCCCUGGGCUUCCCUCAAGGUGCGUCGCUCCCUGGGCUUCCCUCAAGGUGCGUCGCUCCCUGUGCUUCCCUCAAGGUGCGUCGCUCCCUGUGCUUCCCUCAAGGUGCGUCGCUCCCUGUGCUUCCCUCAAGGUGCGUCGCUCCCUGUGCUUCCCUCAAGGUGCGUCGCUCCCUGUGCUUCCCUCAAGGUGCGUCGCUCCCUGUGCUUCCCUCAAGGUGCGUCGCUCCCUGUGCUUCCCUCAAGGUGCGUCGCUCCCUGUGCUUCCCUCAAGGUGCGUCGCUCCCUGGGCUUCCCUCAAGGUGCGUCGCUCCCUGGGCUUCCCUCAAGGUGCGUCGCUCCCUGGGCUUCCCUCAAGGUGCGUCGCUCCCUGGGCUUCCCUCAAGGUGCGUCGCUCCCUGUGCUUCCCUCAAGGUGCGUCGCUCCCUGUGCUUCCCUCAAGGUGCGUCGCUCCCUGUGCUUCCCUCAAGGUGCGUCGCUCCCUGUGCUUCCCUCAAGGUGCGUCGCUCCCUGGGCUUCCCUCAAGGUGCGUCGCUCCCUGGGCUUCCCUCAAGGUGCGUCGCUCCCUGGGCUUCCCUCAAGGUGCGUCGCUCCCUGGGCUUCCCUCAAGGUGCGUCGCUCCCUGUGCUUCCCUCAAGGUGCGUCGCUCCCUGGGCUUCCCUCAAGGUGCGUCGCUCCCUGGGCUUCCCUCAAGGUGCGUCGCUCCCUGGGCUUCCCUCAAGGUGCGUCGCUCCCUGUGCUUCCCUCAAGGUGCGUCGCUCCCUGUGCUUCCCUCAAGGUGCGUCGCUCCCUGUGCUUCCCUCAAGGUGCGUCGCUCCCUGUGCUUCCCUCAAGGUGCGUCGCUCCCUGUGCUUCCCUCAAGGUGCGUCGCUCCCUGUGCUUCCCUCAAGGUGCGUCGCUCCCUGGGCUUCCCUCAAGGUGCGUCGCUCCCUGUGCUUCCCUCAAGGUGCGUCGCUCCCUGGGCUUCCCUCAAGGUGCGUCGCUCCCUGGGCUUCCCUCAAGGUGCGUCGCUCCCUGGGCUUCCCUCAAGGUGCGUCGCUCCCUGUGCUUCCCUCAAGGUGCGUCGCUCCCUGGGCUUCCCUCAAGGUGCGUCGCUCCCUGUGCUUCCCUCAAGGUGCGUCGCUCCCUGGGCUUCCCUCAAGGUGCGUCGCUCCCUGGGCUUCCCUCAAGGUGCGUCGCUCCCUGGGCUUCCCUCAAGGUGCGUCGCUCCCUGGGCUUCCCUCAAGGUGCGUCGCUCCCUGGGCUUCCCUCAAGGUGCGUCGCUCCCUGGGCUUCCCUCAAGGUGCGUCGCUCCCUGGGCUUCCCUCAAGGUGCGUCGCUCCCUGUGCUUCCCUCAAGGUGCGUCGCUCCCUGUGCUUCCCUCAAGGUGCGUCGCUCCCUGUGCUUCCCUCAAGGUGCGUCGCUCCCUGUGCUUCCCUCAAGGUGCGUCGCUCCCUGUGCUUCCCUCAAGGUGCGUCGCUCCCUGUGCUUCCCUCAAGGUGCGUCGCUCCCUGGGCUUCCCUCAAGGUGCGUCGCUCCCUGGGCUUCCCUCAAGGUGCGUCGCUCCCUGGGCUUCCCUCAAGGUGCGUCGCUCCCUGGGCUUCCCUCAAGGUGCGUCGCUCCCUGGGCUUCCCUCAAGGUGCGUCGCUCCCUGGGCUUCCCUCAAGGUGCGUCGCUCCCUGUGCUUCCCUCAAGGUGCGUCGCUCCCUGUGCUUCCCUCAAGGUGCGUCGCUCCCUGUGCUUCCCUCAAGGUGCGUCGCUCCCUGUGCUUCCCUCAAGGUGCGUCGCUCCCUGUGCUUCCCUCAAGGUGCGUCGCUCCCUGUGCUUCCCUCAAGGUGCGUCGCUCCCUGUGCUUCCCUCAAGGUGCGUCGCUCCCUGUGCUUCCCUCAAGGUGCGUCGCUCCCUGGGCUUCCCUCAAGGUGCGUCGCUCCCUGGGCUUCCCUCAAGGUGCGUCGCUCCCUGGGCUUCCCUCAAGGUGCGUCGCUCCCUGGGCUUCCCUCAAGGUGCGUCGCUCCCUGUGCUUCCCUCAAGGUGCGUCGCUCCCUGUGCUUCCCUCAAGGUGCGUCGCUCCCUGUGCUUCCCUCAAGGUGCGUCGCUCCCUGUGCUUCCCUCAAGGUGCGUCGCUCCCUGGGCUUCCCUCAAGGUGCGUCGCUCCCUGGGCUUCCCUCAAGGUGCGUCGCUCCCUGGGCUUCCCUCAAGGUGCGUCGCUCCCUGGGCUUCCCUCAAGGUGCGUCGCUCCCUGUGCUUCCCUCAAGGUGCGUCGCUCCCUGGGCUUCCCUCAAGGUGCGUCGCUCCCUGGGCUUCCCUCAAGGUGCGUCGCUCCCUGGGCUUCCCUCAAGGUGCGUCGCUCCCUGUGCUUCCCUCAAGGUGCGUCGCUCCCUGUGCUUCCCUCAAGGUGCGUCGCUCCCUGUGCUUCCCUCAAGGUGCGUCGCUCCCUGUGCUUCCCUCAAGGUGCGUCGCUCCCUGUGCUUCCCUCAAGGUGCGUCGCUCCCUGUGCUUCCCUCAAGGUGCGUCGCUCCCUGUGCUUCCCUCAAGGUGCGUCGCUCCCUGUGCUUCCCUCAAGGUGCGUCGCUCCCUGUGCUUCCCUCAAGGUGCGUCGCUCCCUGGGCUUCCCUCAAGGUGCGUCGCUCCCUGGGCUUCCCUCAAGGUGCGUCGCUCCCUGGGCUUCCCUCAAGGUGCGUCGCUCCCUGGGCUUCCCUCAAGGUGCGUCGCUCCCUGUGCUUCCCUCAAGGUGCGUCGCUCCCUGUGCUUCCCUCAAGGUGCGUCGCUCCCUGUGCUUCCCUCAAGGUGCGUCGCUCCCUGUGCUUCCCUCAAGGUGCGUCGCUCCCUGGGCUUCCCUCAAGGUGCGUCGCUCCCUGGGCUUCCCUCAAGGUGCGUCGCUCCCUGGGCUUCCCUCAAGGUGCGUCGCUCCCUGGGCUUCCCUCAAGGUGCGUCGCUCCCUGUGCUUCCCUCAAGGUGCGUCGCUCCCUGGGCUUCCCUCAAGGUGCGUCGCUCCCUGGGCUUCCCUCAAGGUGCGUCGCUCCCUGGGCUUCCCUCAAGGUGCGUCGCUCCCUGUGCUUCCCUCAAGGUGCGUCGCUCCCUGUGCUUCCCUCAAGGUGCGUCGCUCCCUGUGCUUCCCUCAAGGUGCGUCGCUCCCUGUGCUUCCCUCAAGGUGCGUCGCUCCCUGUGCUUCCCUCAAGGUGCGUCGCUCCCUGUGCUUCCCUCAAGGUGCGUCGCUCCCUGUGCUUCCCUCAAGGUGCGUCGCUCCCUGUGCUUCCCUCAAGGUGCGUCGCUCCCUGGGCUUCCCUCAAGGUGCGUCGCUCCCUGGGCUUCCCUCAAGGUGCGUCGCUCCCUGGGCUUCCCUCAAGGUGCGUCGCUCCCUGGGCUUCCCUCAAGGUGCGUCGCUCCCUGUGCUUCCCUCAAGGUGCGUCGCUCCCUGGGCUUCCCUCAAGGUGCGUCGCUCCCUGGGCUUCCCUCAAGGUGCGUCGCUCCCUGUGCUUCCCUCAAGGUGCGUCGCUCCCUGUGCUUCCCUCAAGGUGCGUCGCUCCCUGUGCUUCCCUCAAGGUGCGUCGCUCCCUGGGCUUCCCUCAAGGUGCGUCGCUCCCUGUGCUUCCCUCAAGGUGCGUCGCUCCCUGGGCUUCCCUCAAGGUGCGUCGCUCCCUGGGCUUCCCUCAAGGUGCGUCGCUCCCUGGGCUUCCCUCAAGGUGCGUCGCUCCCUGGGCUUCCCUCAAGGUGCGUCGCUCCCUGUGCUUCCCUCAAGGUGCGUCGCUCCCUGGGCUUCCCUCAAGGUGCGUCGCUCCCUGGGCUUCCCUCAAGGUGCGUCGCUCCCUGGGCUUCCCUCAAGGUGCGUCGCUCCCUGGGCUUCCCUCAAGGUGCGUCGCUCCCUGUGCUUCCCUCAAGGUGCGUCGCUCCCUGUGCUUCCCUCAAGGUGCGUCGCUCCCUGUGCUUCCCUCAAGGUGCGUCGCUCCCUGGGCUUCCCUCAAGGUGCGUCGCUCCCUGUGCUUCCCUCAAGGUGCGUCGCUCCCUGGGCUUCCCUCAAGGUGCGUCGCUCCCUGUGCUUCCCUCAAGGUGCGUCGCUCCCUGGGCUUCCCUCAAGGUGCGUCGCUCCCUGUGCUUCCCUCAAGGUGCGUCGCUCCCUGUGCUUCCCUCAAGGUGCGUCGCUCCCUGGGCUUCCCUCAAGGUGCGUCGCUCCCUGUGCUUCCCUCAAGGUGCGUCGCUCCCUGUGCUUCCCUCAAGGUGCGUCGCUCCCUGGGCUUCCCUCAAGGUGCGUCGCUCCCUGUGCUUCCCUCAAGGUGCGUCGCUCCCUGUGCUUCCCUCAAGGUGCGUCGCUCCCUGGGCUUCCCUCAAGGUGCGUCGCUCCCUGUGCUUCCCUCAAGGUGCGUCGCUCCCUGGGCUUCCCUCAAGGUGCGUCGCUCCCUGUGCUUCCCUCAAGGUGCGUCGCUCCCUGUGCUUCCCUCAAGGUGCGUCGCUCCCUGUGCUUCCCUCAAGGUGCGUCGCUCCCUGUGCUUCCCUCAAGGUGCGUCGCUCCCUGUGCUUCCCUCAAGGUGCGUCGCUCCCUGUGCUUCCCUCAAGGUGCGUCGCUCCCUGUGCUUCCCUCAAGGUGCGUCGCUCCCUGUGCUUCCCUCAAGGUGCGUCGCUCCCUGUGCUUCCCUCAAGGUGCGUCGCUCCCUGUGCUUCCCUCAAGGUGCGUCGCUCCCUGUGCUUCCCUCAAGGUGCGUCGCUCCCUGUGCUUCCCUCAAGGUGCGUCGCUCCCUGUGCUUCCCUCAAGGUGCGUCGCUCCCUGUGCUUCCCUCAAGGUGCGUCGCUCCCUGUGCUUCCCUCAAGGUGCGUCGCUCCCUGUGCUUCCCUCAAGGUGCGUCGCUCCCUGUGCUUCCCUCAAGGUGCGUCGCUCCCUGUGCUUCCCUCAAGGUGCGUCGCUCCCUGUGCUUCCCUCAAGGUGCGUCGCUCCCUGUGCUUCCCUCAAGGUGCGUCGCUCCCUGUGCUUCCCUCAAGGUGCGUCGCUCCCUGUGCUUCCCUCAAGGUGCGUCGCUCCCUGUGCUUCCCUCAAGGUGCGUCGCUCCCUGUGCUUCCCUCAAGGUGCGUCGCUCCCUGUGCUUCCCUCAAGGUGCGUCGCUCCCUGUGCUUCCCUCAAGGUGCGUCGCUCCCUGUGCUUCCCUCAAGGUGCGUCGCUCCCUGUGCUUCCCUCAAGGUGCGUCGCUCCCUGUGCUUCCCUCAAGGUGCGUCGCUCCCUGUGCUUCCCUCAAGGUGCGUCGCUCCCUGUGCUUCCCUCAAGGUGCGUCGCUCCCUGUGCUUCCCUCAAGGUGCGUCGCUCCCUGUGCUUCCCUCAAGGUGCGUCGCUCCCUGUGCUUCCCUCAAGGUGCGUCGCUCCCUGUGCUUCCCUCAAGGUGCGUCGCUCCCUGUGCUUCCCUCAAGGUGCGUCGCUCCCUGUGCUUCCCUCAAGGUGCGUCGCUCCCUGUGCUUCCCUCAAGGUGCGUCGCUCCCUGUGCUUCCCUCAAGGUGCGUCGCUCCCUGUGCUUCCCUCAAGGUGCGUCGCUCCCUGUGCUUCCCUCAAGGUGCGUCGCUCCCUGUGCUUCCCUCAAGGUGCGUCGCUCCCUGUGCUUCCCUCAAGGUGCGUCGCUCCCUGUGCUUCCCUCAAGGUGCGUCGCUCCCUGUGCUUCCCUCAAGGUGCGUCGCUCCCUGUGCUUCCCUCAAGGUGCGUCGCUCCCUGUGCUUCCCUCAAGGUGCGUCGCUCCCUGUGCUUCCCUCAAGGUGCGUCGCUCCCUGUGCUUCCCUCAAGGUGCGUCGCUCCCUGUGCUUCCCUCAAGGUGCGUCGCUCCCUGUGCUUCCCUCAAGGUGCGUCGCUCCCUGUGCUUCCCUCAAGGUGCGUCGCUCCCUGUGCUUCCCUCAAGGUGCGUCGCUCCCUGUGCUUCCCUCAAGGUGCGUCGCUCCCUGUGCUUCCCUCAAGGUGCGUCGCUCCCUGUGCUUCCCUCAAGGUGCGUCGCUCCCUGUGCUUCCCUCAAGGUGCGUCGCUCCCUGUGCUUCCCUCAAGGUGCGUCGCUCCCUGUGCUUCCCUCAAGGUGCGUCGCUCCCUGUGCUUCCCUCAAGGUGCGUCGCUCCCUGUGCUUCCCUCAAGGUGCGUCGCUCCCUGUGCUUCCCUCAAGGUGCGUCGCUCCCUGUGCUUCCCUCAAGGUGCGUCGCUCCCUGUGCUUCCCUCAAGGUGCGUCGCUCCCUGUGCUUCCCUCAAGGUGCGUCGCUCCCUGUGCUUCCCUCAAGGUGCGUCGCUCCCUGGGCUUCCCUCAAGGUGCGUCGCUCCCUGUGCUUCCCUCAAGGUGCGUCGCUCCCUGGGCUUCCCUCAAGGUGCGUCGCUCCCUGUGCUUCCCUCAAGGUGCGUCGCUCCCUGGGCUUCCCUCAAGGUGCGUCGCUCCCUGUGCUUCCCUCAAGGUGCGUCGCUCCCUGGGCUUCCCUCAAGGUGCGUCGCUCCCUGUGCUUCCCUCAAGGUGCGUCGCUCCCUGGGCUUCCCUCAAGGUGCGUCGCUCCCUGUGCUUCCCUCAAGGUGCGUCGCUCCCUGUGCUUCCCUCAAGGUGCGUCGCUCCCUGUGCUUCCCUCAAGGUGCGUCGCUCCCUGUGCUUCCCUCAAGGUGCGUCGCUCCCUGUGCUUCCCUCAAGGUGCGUCGCUCCCUGUGCUUCCCUCAAGGUGCGUCGCUCCCUGUGCUUCCCUCAAGGUGCGUCGCUCCCUGUGCUUCCCUCAAGGUGCGUCGCUCCCUGGGCUUCCCUCAAGGUGCGUCGCUCCCUGGGCUUCCCUCAAGGUGCGUCGCUCCCUGUGCUUCCCUCAAGGUGCGUCGCUCCCUGGGCUUCCCUCAAGGUGCGUCGCUCCCUGGGCUUCCCUCAAGGUGCGUCGCUCCCUGGGCUUCCCUCAAGGUGCGUCGCUCCCUGUGCUUCCCUCAAGGUGCGUCGCUCCCUGUGCUUCCCUCAAGGUGCGUCGCUCCCUGGGCUUCCCUCAAGGUGCGUCGCUCCCUGGGCUUCCCUCAAGGUGCGUCGCUCCCUGUGCUUCCCUCAAGGUGCGUCGCUCCCUGUGCUUCCCUCAAGGUGCGUCGCUCCCUGUGCUUCCCUCAAGGUGCGUCGCUCCCUGUGCUUCCCUCAAGGUGCGUCGCUCCCUGUGCUUCCCUCAAGGUGCGUCGCUCCCUGUGCUUCCCUCAAGGUGCGUCGCUCCCUGUGCUUCCCUCAAGGUGCGUCGCUCCCUGUGCUUCCCUCAAGGUGCGUCGCUCCCUGUGCUUCCCUCAAGGUGCGUCGCUCCCUGUGCUUCCCUCAAGGUGCGUCGCUCCCUGUGCUUCCCUCAAGGUGCGUCGCUCCCUGUGCUUCCCUCAAGGUGCGUCGCUCCCUGUGCUUCCCUCAAGGUGCGUCGCUCCCUGUGCUUCCCUCAAGGUGCGUCGCUCCCUGUGCUUCCCUCAAGGUGCGUCGCUCCCUGUGCUUCCCUCAAGGUGCGUCGCUCCCUGUGCUUCCCUCAAGGUGCGUCGCUCCCUGUGCUUCCCUCAAGGUGCGUCGCUCCCUGUGCUUCCCUCAAGGUGCGUCGCUCCCUGUGCUUCCCUCAAGGUGCGUCGCUCCCUGUGCUUCCCUCAAGGUGCGUCGCUCCCUGUGCUUCCCUCAAGGUGCGUCGCUCCCUGUGCUUCCCUCAAGGUGCGUCGCUCCCUGUGCUUCCCUCAAGGUGCGUCGCUCCCUGUGCUUCCCUCAAGGUGCGUCGCUCCCUGUGCUUCCCUCAAGGUGCGUCGCUCCCUGUGCUUCCCUCAAGGUGCGUCGCUCCCUGUGCUUCCCUCAAGGUGCGUCGCUCCCUGUGCUUCCCUCAAGGUGCGUCGCUCCCUGUGCUUCCCUCAAGGUGCGUCGCUCCCUGUGCUUCCCUCAAGGUGCGUCGCUCCCUGUGCUUCCCUCAAGGUGCGUCGCUCCCUGUGCUUCCCUCAAGGUGCGUCGCUCCCUGUGCUUCCCUCAAGGUGCGUCGCUCCCUGUGCUUCCCUCAAGGUGCGUCGCUCCCUGUGCUUCCCUCAAGGUGCGUCGCUCCCUGUGCUUCCCUCAAGGUGCGUCGCUCCCUGUGCUUCCCUCAAGGUGCGUCGCUCCCUGUGCUUCCCUCAAGGUGCGUCGCUCCCUGUGCUUCCCUCAAGGUGCGUCGCUCCCUGGGCUUCCCUCAAGGUGCGUCGCUCCCUGUGCUUCCCUCAAGGUGCGUCGCUCCCUGUGCUUCCCUCAAGGUGCGUCGCUCCCUGUGCUUCCCUCAAGGUGCGUCGCUCCCUGUGCUUCCCUCAAGGUGCGUCGCUCCCUGUGCUUCCCUCAAGGUGCGUCGCUCCCUGUGCUUCCCUCAAGGUGCGUCGCUCCCUGUGCUUCCCUCAAGGUGCGUCGCUCCCUGUGCUUCCCUCAAGGUGCGUCGCUCCCUGUGCUUCCCUCAAGGUGCGUCGCUCCCUGUGCUUCCCUCAAGGUGCGUCGCUCCCUGUGCUUCCCUCAAGGUGCGUCGCUCCCUGUGCUUCCCUCAAGGUGCGUCGCUCCCUGUGA